ACAUGCUCACAUGCCUGAAAGGUCUCAGCUCCGGUCUUUAGCCAAUCACAGCUGGGAGGCAGCGAGGAGAGCCAAUGACGUACUGCAGGAGAUGAAGCGUCUGAAGACUGAGAUGAAGAUGCUGCUGACGCAGCCAGAAGACCCUCUGAAAACCAGCAGACCUUCACCGAAGCACCAGCAAUCCCAACAAACCCAGUCCCAGUCCCAGCAAACCCAGUCCCAACAAACCACCUCAAAGGAAAAUCGCCCGAGGUCCCGAUCUUCCCACCUCCAACAAAACUUAUCCCAUGAAAACAGUUUACAGUCCCAGCAAAACCAGUCCAGACUACCCCAGCCCAAUAAAACCACUGAUGAAGAACAUAACCUCUGGUCCCAGCAGUCCCAGUCUGUGCUGGUCCAGAGGAGGUCCGCGGUCCCGUCCCUGCUGGAGGAGGCGGGUCAGGUUCUCCAUCAGGUUCGAAAGCAGAAGAAAGUUCUGGAGGAGAACCUGGAGGCUCUGCUCAGAGCCCGGACCGGAGAGGUUCUGCACUGCCAGCUGGAGGCGCUAGCUGCUAACAGAGACCACAGCGAGGAGGUCCGCAUCAAGAAGACAGUGGACGCCUGGAUCAGCAGGUUAAGCAGAGACAUCCAGGCUGAGAUGUCCUCAGGGAACAUCAGAAACCAUCACUCAGCUGUGGACGCUGAUAGCUCCGCCCACUCAGGGAAGGAGAGGCCAGUGGGCGCGCUCAGAGGAACAGGAAGUAUGAGGACAGCGAGGAGAGGAAGCAGAGGGCAGAGAGCCGGAAUCAGAGCGGGGGUGGAGCCUAACCGAGGCACAGGUGGAGCAGCUGAGCGUCAUCAGUUGGAAGUGGACGGAGAAUCGUACCUGACCCGGCUGUAUGGCCGGGCGCCGUAUGAAGGUCUGAGACGGACCCUGAAGAAGAGUCCGUACCUUCGCCUCAGCUCACCUGCCUCACCACUCGGAAGGAAGCCCCGCCCCCGACUAGUGGAGAGUGUCCGAGGUGUGAAGCUGAAGUCCUCCAAGACUCAGACCAGCCUGGCCCCACCCCUCACUCAGGCCCAACCAAUCAUUUCAGCCCCUCCCUUUGCUUCCUCCUCACCUGGACGAUCUCACAUUUUCAGCUCAUCACACCUGACCUCAGGUCACUUUGAUGACCUCAGCAUGACCCCUGCAAACAGCUGCCCUGUCGCCAUAGCGAUCCCACUGGGUCCACCCCGGAUGGACUCCAGGUGUGAGCAUCCUCAAGAAGUGACAUCAGCGCUCGAUGCCCCUCCGACAGCCUCUGUGGGCGAUGAAGCACCUGACCAGCAGCUCCUGGAGGCAGAACAAGCUCCUCCCCGUGCUCCAUCACACACGAUUGACAUCAUCGAAGGGAACGAGGAAGAAGUGGAAGAGGACGACUUCUUCCCUGGAACUGACUUCCUGUCUGUUGUUGAUGUUGUGCAGCAGGAGGUCAGCGUGUCAGGUGAGGAGGCCGUGGAGCUGGACGGGGGUCCGUCUCCCCCUCCAGUCCUCUACCAGGGUCCCAUCUUCCCUCCCCAGGCUCCCUCUGCCCUCCCAGCCCAGGAUCAGGUCCCCGUCCUGGGCACGGCCCUGCAGCGGGAUGUCCUGGAGACCCGGCUGGUGGAAUGGGUGGAGCAGCAGCUGAUGUCCAGGAUGAUCUCAGAGCUGUACUGGCCCCCGCCUUCUGACCACGCCCACAAUAGCGACGUGGACCAGUCAGAUCCAGAGGAGCGCAGCGUCACCUCAGACAUUGUGGAGGCAGCAGGAGACGCAGGCCUGCAGCUGUUCGUGGACGCCAGCGUGCCCGUGGACUCUGAGUUAAUCCGGCAGCUGGUGAACGAGGUUCUGGCUGAGACUAUCGCCCUGACGCUGGGCCAGAGAGACCCGCUGGGCGCAGGACCAGACCCGGCGCUGGAAUCAGCAGGACCAGCAGACCCUCAGGAGAACGAACCGCUCCCAUUGGUCCCCACACCGGAACCAACCCCACCGCCCAGCCCGGCCCCGCCCAGCAGAGAGACUACGGCAGUAACCACACCCCUUCCAUCAGAACCGACAAGCCCGCUGAAUAAGGAGCCUCCUCAACCAAUCGCACCACCAGGUCUUUUGGUGACCUCAGAGCUCGUAGCCACACCCACUCUCAGCCCAGAGCCCACCCCCUCUGCAGAAAGCCCAGCUACUGUACACCAAGCCCCGCCUCCCUUCACUUGGGAAGAAACUGAGCUUCCAUUGGAUGAGGAGAGACUGGUGGAAGACAUAACCACACACAAACCACCUCUGUUGAUGUCAGUAGUGGAGGAGGAACCUCCUCUCUCUUCUCCUCACCCUCCUCCUCCUCCCUCCCUCCCCCCUGCUCGCUCCCCGUCUCCUCCUCCUGAGGCAGGACCGGCGUCCCCCUCCACCUCCUCCGAGGAGUCCAGCAGCUCCAGCACGGUGACGGCCGGCACUGAAGCAGCUCUGAAACACAUCUCAGAGGGAGAGCUGCUCAUCAGUGCCAACCAGCCGGCAGCCAUGACAGGGGGCGGGGCUGUGUGCAGCUUCAACAGCUCUCUGCAGGAGCUGCAGGAUAUGGACUUUGACCCCCCAAGUGAAGGACAGGUGAAAGGUCGCGACCUCCUGCGGGCCCUGCUGACCAAAAUGGAGCAGGGAGUCACACAGAGAGGAGAGAGGCCUCAGCCCGAGGGCUCCUGGGAGAGGGCGGACGGGAAAGUAAGCUUCACCCACAGCGGUCAGUCCGGCUCACCUGGACAGAUCAGUCAGGCUGCAGAUGUGUCAGAGGUCAGCUUUGAAGCCACCAAUCAGGGCUCGUUUACUUUGGGCGACCUGACGGGGGAGCUAAUAGGUACACUGAACUCUGACCUCCACACAGAGCUGUCGCUGUCUCCUCCUCCACACCUGGAGAACACACACACUCCAGGACAGGUGCUGCUGGUCAGGACGUCCAACAGUCACACAGCUCGACAGCAGGAGGAGGAGGGAGGAAGCAGGAAGAUGGGCGUCCACCUGCCCGCCGUAAGACCUCCGGAGGAGGAGGAGGUGAUGGAGGCGUCGGUCAGUGCGGUGGCAGACUCGGAUUCCUCCACCAGCAAUGGUUUUUAAAAAGAAUAUUUUUAUAUUUCAACUCAUUUCAAAUAAAUAAAGUCUGAUGGAAACCAAACAGAUGUUAUAAUAACUUCAUUUUUAAAAUUUGCUCACAGCAAUAAAAGCUUAAUACUACACUAAACCAAAGAAACAAAAACCCAAAGAGACACGUGAACAUCUUAAUCAAACACCAUCCUCUUUGAGUUUAUUCUCUGAGACUCUAAUAAUGUUAGAUAUACUUCAAAUAAAGUUUCACUAACCCGGGCAAACAGCAGCUAAUAGAAGCUAACAGAGAUCCCAGCUAAACAGCAGCCCUUACAGACAGCUCAGCAUAUGUUCAACAGCUGGUCAGCAGUGAGCUUCGCUGACUCGUAUCGGCUCCUUUCACAAAGCGUUACAGCACCCAGAGUAAAUAAAGAUGGACGCCUCUCCCCCGGCAUAGACAGCUGAUGUAAACGGUACGAUCAUAUUUAAUGAUCAUAUUUAAUGUUUUUGAUCUCUUGAAUGACUAAAACAUGUUUAGCCAGGAUUAUGCAGUUGAAUCUGAAGAGGCGGGGCCUUUGUGUGAGUCAGAGUCCUGUCAGCGGGCGUUCGUAGCCUUCAAAAAGUUCCCGCAACUUCUUAUCGGACAGUUAGAAUGUGUGCUGAUAACAAGCUGAUGGUUUUUAACUUCUCACCUGUAAAUAUAAAUGUGGCACAGCUACCGUAUGUUGCUAACAUGUGGAACUAAUGUGAGGCUCCAUAAAAUGCCAUUGCUGUAAAAACGCUGUAAGAACGCAGAUGACUCGACUCCAUUCAACGGCUCCAGGGGAAGGGGUAGGAAAACAGAUCUACUGCCAUCUAAUGGUGAAAAACAUUUGUACAGUUUACCUUUAAAAUCAAAUUACAUAAAUGCAGCGCCACCUACUGGCCACGGAAGAUUCGUGUCACAUCUGUCAUGGAAUUUAAAGAGCGAUAGUUUGACUCUAGUGCUUUUGUGACAUGACGACGCUUAAAGACGUAAACCAAACUCUCCAGGUGUCGCCUUCAUGUGAAAAUGUUUCUUUUUAUUAAUUUUUUUCCGCCUGUCCCGUUUGGUUCUUUGGCCAUCAGAAUUAUUGUCUAAAGGCGAAGAAAGAUGCCCAACGGAUUUACUUUACCAGAUGGACCAUCCCGGCAUCGCCGUAUUGGAAAAUGUGUUUCUUUGUAUUUCACCUUCACCGUGAAUUUCACUCAUCAGUCAUUCGAAAUCACAGAGUCAGCCUGCAAGUCCAAACCAUGGGAACAUUUCCUAUUACACAGCACACGCACACACACUCAGCAAACACAGACUGUGUUGCAGAUAAAAGGAUGAUGGGGAGGAAAUGGGAUUAGUGAAGCAGCGAGGGGGACAGUGAGACUGACACUGACCAGGUCACACUCACACACACACACACA